AUGCCGCAUGGUGAGUUUUCUUGCAUAAAUUAUAGCUCUUCAACUUAUGUUUUUUUUUUUAGAAAGAUUGGGUGUUAAAACAUCGAUUGAUUCGAUGCUUUCGACAACAUCUUCUGAAUUCGAAGAUGAUAUACAACAUCCUGAAUGGUAUAAAAAUAAUCGAGCAAAGUAGGAAAACAAUACCUUGGGCUUAGAUAUUUGUAAACCAUUUUUUGCAGAGUUUUUUGUUUUAAUGUAAUCAGUGCAAUGUAUGCAUUUGUUUUGGUUAUUGUUUCAUUGGUUAUUGAAUUAUCAUCGACGUGGCAAUCAAGAGGAAUGUCUAAUUGUUAUACGGUAAUCAAUUAAUUAAAUGAGCAUAGAAUUUGAAAUUUUUUACAGGCGUUCUGUAUUCUCAUGUACAGUAUCUCAAUUGCAUUUUUCAUUCACUUGUAUCUUUUCAUUAUUUAUCCGCAAGCUCUCAAUUAUCUGAUUGAGAAAUUCACGGCAAGAUUUGAAAUCAAGGUAAUCUACUUUCUGUAGCCUUUAAAAUCCUCGCAAAUUUUUCUUUCAGAUCCGUACAUUUGAACAACCGAAACACGAUGGCGAAGGUGCUGGAACUCUUUAUCUCCGACUCGGUGCUCUUCUUUUUGGUCUUUUUGGAAGUGUUCUUUAUGGAACUGAAAUAUUUCUAUGUUUUUAUGAUCAAAAACGGAAUGCUUCGUGGAUUGCUCGAUAUAUUUUGGCAGUUAUUUUUACAUUUAUCCAAAUUCACUUCUUAUUUUGUAAUUCAAAAAUUAAAUUGAAGAAAACCGAUUUCUUGGCAAGUUUUGGUAUGAUGCAUUGUAUUGCAGUCAAUUUAUGGUCUUGGAUUAGUUUGUGUAUGGCUAAAACUAAUUAUAAAGUUUUGAAAAAAGCUAAGAAAUCGACAAAUUAUACUUCAAAUUAUACAACAAAUGCAUAUGAUUCUUAUUAUUAUGAUGCAACAACUGAAAAAAGUUUAGCCAGUGCUACCUUCAGAGUGAGUUUUCAAACAAGAAAAAACGAUUUCCAAUUCCUGAUUCAGAAUGAUGAACAAGAAAUGCGUGUACUCACAAAAUUGGGAAGUGCUGCUAAUUUUCUGCUCACAACUCAGGUCGAAUUCUCGCUGAUUGCAGCUGCAGUUUGUUUCAUUAUUUGGAAAUAUAAAGGAGAUGAAACACAUCGAGAAGGAAGAAAGAAAAUGAUUCGAUUUGAUUGUAAAAGAACAACAAUAGGAAUAUUCGCCGGUUUGCUGAUAUUUAUCGCAUCUUUGGUUUGUAUUGCAAUGACAAUCAUUUUCAACAAAGAUUCACAAGGGCAAUCAGCUGAUGAUGUUAUUGGAUAUGGUCAAUUAGUUAUGUUUAUCAUAACAGGUCUAGCAGUUAUAUUUGCGCUCUUCAGGUAAAUAAUUGACACAGCCUACAUACAGUACUCUCAACAUGUUUUUAUUUCUAUAGAAUGCGUCGCCUCCAAUAUCGUCUUCAUUCACACGGUGAAGUUAUUGAUGAAAUUCUUCUUAUUGUUGGUUUAGCUGGAGAAGUUAUAUAUUGCUGUACUGGAUUAGAUGUUUAUAUUCAUGAAAAGAGAAAUAGUGAAAGUCCACCUUGUUUAGUUGUUAUUGUGUUUACUGUUCGUAUUAUUCAAGUAAUUAUUCAAUCAGUAUUCAUUCUUAUAUCCUCAAGGUUUGUUGCCUACAGUAACUUUAAUUAUUUGGUUUUUUGCAGACUUCGCUGUUUAAACAAAUCAAGUGUUCUGGCACAACCUGGUAAACAAACAAUCACUUUCAUGCUCAUUUGUAAUUUGACUCUAUUUUUAUUCCACACUUAUGAAAGUAAGAAUUUGAAAAGAAACGUAUCCAAAAACAUCUCAAUUUUUGCAGCAAUCGAAUCAAGUUUCGGAUUUCCAACAAAUCUUUCCUCAAAUUAUUCAGUGCUUUUAUAUGUUUCUUCUCCUCUUGUCGUAUUCUACCGAUUUCAUAGCUCAGCAUGUUUAGCUGAAAUUUGGAAAGUAACGUAUUCUCCAAAACAACACGGACAUCAUAAAAUCCCAAAAGUCGAAGUUCACGAAGCUGCCUGA